GUCUUGCCCAGCCAGCGAGUGUGCAGAGCACGAUUGCGAAGACAGUACCGCGGAAGGCACCGACGAUGGGCGUGACCACGAUGACUUCGUAAAGCCUAUGUUUCCGACGCCAGAGAACUCACCACGGUCCUUGGCAGAAAGGUCCUCGUGGAACUGGCCUUCAGCACAAGCAGGAGAGCGCACUCGCUUGAGCAGCCAAGCGGCUCCUUUCCAACCGCAGCCCCCACGAGCCCACAGCACUACAUGGUAUGCGGUUCCGCCCACGCGCUACGUGACUCCGGGCACCCGACCAGUGCCAUCCGUGCCGUCCGUGCCGUCCGUGCCGUCCGUGUCGACAGCGCAGCAGGGCUCCUUCCCAGCGUGGAGCUGGGAUGAGGCGACUCCCUCGGAUCCCAAAGUGCCGCCUGUGAUCCUUGGAUCCGAGAUGCUUCCGAGCCUUGGGUCGGGUGGCCACGCCACCGGCGAGUGCAAGCCCUGCGCCUUCUUCUACAAGAAAGCGGGCUGCGCCAGCGGCCGGACCUGCCUCUUCUGCCACUUGUGCGAGAACGGGGAGAAGAAGCGCCGGCAGCGCGAGUCGAAGAAGGACGCCGUGACGGCGAAGCCCGGGCUUGGGUUUGGGCCCCCCACUAAAGCCCAGACCCCGGUUUUGACCUGUGCCAGAUGA